GAUAUGGAGUAGAACCUCCUCUGGUUUCAUUCCCUCCAGACCCGAGUGAGUCUGAACUCGUUUGUGAGGUCAGCCUCUGCUGCUGGGGGGCACGGAGCGUUUCCCAAGUCUGGAAACUGAGUCAGAGUCAGAGUGGGUCCUGCCCUGGCUCGUGACUGGCUGGCUGGAUCGCCCAUCCCAGCUGCAUAAUUCCAUCAGGCUAAAUAUUUAGACAGAGGAGGACCGACAUCCUCCAUCCACACCAGCCUGCUGCAGGAGCGCUGAUCUGAUCUCACCUGCUGCUCGCUGACUUCAUCACCAUGAGGGCUCUGGGCUUGAUUUUGGGGCUGACUCUUUCUCUUUGUCAGGUUGGGAGGAACCCAGCGUGCGCGGGGAUGUGCUGGCUGCAGCGCAGUCAGGACCAGCGCUGCGACAGGAUGCUGAUGAGCAUGGUGAGCAGAGAGGAGUGCUGCUCCGGGGGCCGUCCCGACACGGCCUGGUCCAACACCAGCCACCCCAUCAACGAGGUCAGCCUGCUGGGCUUCCUGGGAAUCGUCUCCUGUAAACCGUGCAGAGACACCUGCGACGGCGUGAAGUGCAGCUCUGGGAAGGUCUGCAGGAUGAAGAUGGGCCGGCCGCAGUGCGUGUGCUCUCCAGACUGCUCCCACGUCUCCAAGAAGCACGCCGUGUGCGGCAGCGACGGCGUCUCCUACAAGGACGAGUGCGCCCUGCUGAUGGCCCGCUGCACGGGUCACCCCGACCUGGAGGUCAUGUACCAGGGCGAAUGCAAAAAGUCCUGCUCCAACGUGGUGUGUCCCGGGACGCACACCUGCGUGACCGACCAGACCAACAGCGCGCACUGCGUCAUGUGCCGCACCGUGCCGUGCCCCAUGCCCGUCCAGUCGGAGCAGCCCAUCUGCGGCAACGACAACAUCACCUACCCCAGCGCCUGCCACCUGCGCAGAGCCACCUGCUUCCUGGGACGCUCCAUCGGCGUCCGCCACUACGGACACUGCAACAGUCCUCCUCGGAAAGCCCACCCCUUCGAAGCCAGCGAGGAGAACUCAUUGUAGACGGAGACGACCCCGUGACCUCUGACCCCCUCCACGCUACACACCUGUACCUGCUUCAGGAGUACAUGCUGUAAAUACAACACAGGACUAUUUAUUACUGGAGGAGGCAUCAAAUCUAUUUAUGGUUUCUAUUUUCCUCCCAGUAACAAAGUCGUAGAUUCUUAGAUGUGAAAAGAUCUAUUUAUUGUGUGCGGCCAAAAACAGCAGCAUCAGCGCUUUGCAGUUUCACGGCGUCCCACAAACAAACAAACAAACAACAAUGAUAACGAUGUUAAUUGUUGUGGAGAGCUGAUCCCGCUUCACAGUCCGCUGUUUCCCCAAACCGGACAAAGGAACUUUAGUUUCUGCUGUGCACGUGCACGCUCUUCUCCAUCCUUCCUCCUGGAUCCGGUCCCGAAGCCUCGCCGGGGAGUCACGUUCCGUCUGGUUCUGUUUGUGAAGACCAGAACCGCCUCUGCUGGACUUGUGUGGGCGGAGUCUGUCCUGGUUCUGCAUCAUGCGUGGAUCCAGGUCCGUGCACCACCUGACCCACCGGAGGGCGGGUUUGUCCGGGACCGGUCUGCGUUUGGAUCAGCUGACGCCUGCCUGGAAUCGGAGCACAGAACCCGUUGGAGUGUCUAAACUCAAAGCAGAUGUCUGAACUCUGAACAGCUUUAGAACAGUUACACGAGUCUUCUGUACAUAAAGGUUACCUGUAUCUACCUUUGUAUCUACUGUGAAAUGUGAGGCUUCACUGCAUCGACAUAUUUUUGUAUUUUUGUACUGCCUUUCCAAAUCAACAUAAAGGAUUUAUUCAACGGUAA